AUGCUGUCGCUGCUAGACGUCCGCGACGACCGUCGAUCCCGAUCCAAAUCUCCGGGUGGGCGCGACAGGGACCGGUCGAGAUCCCACUCACGCGACAACCGCGGCUCAGCCGACCCAAGGGAGUCGAGACGGCACAGCAAGAAAUACGCCGACCCUGAAUCCGAGUCCGAGUCCGAGCCCGAUCGCAGAUACAAGGAAAAGAAGUCGAGCAAGAAGUAUUACGAAGCGGAUGAGGACGAUAGCCGGCGCAGACAGGCUAAGAGUUCGAAGAAACAUGCGGACGAUAGUGACGAGGAUGCUAGAUACAGGGCCUACAAGGUAGGAGUGGAGCCUAGUAGACGCGAUGUGUCUGUCUCGGACAGCGAUGCCGGGAGAUAUGGGAGGUCCAAGAAGAAAUCCGACAGCGAUUCCGACCGGCGGCGCGAGAAAACCAGCAGGAAGCCCUACGCCCCCUCGGGAGACAGUGCAUCGGAGGAUGACCGGCGCAGAUCCCACAAGGGUCGGAGCUCGUACGGUUAUGCUGAGAGCCGACCUCAGGAGAUUCGUCCCUCUAGCUAUGUUGCACCUGAUCCUCGGUAUGCGCAAGCAGCCGCUCCGGCUGGAUCGAGGUAUGCCGAGCUGGACCGGUACCAGUAUGCACAGCUAGGCAAUGAAGCCUCUUACAGACACACCGAGAGCUCCAAGAGCGUCCCGGCUCAGUAUGCGGAACGGAGACCAGAGUACGAGCGGUCGAGGCCGUCCAAGGACAGUGAUCACAGCAGAGACAGUUACGCGACCCGCGAGCCCAAGGACAAACGAUAUUACGAGGACAAGUACGAGACACGAGAACCCAAAGGAAGGAAAUACUACGACGACACUUAUGAAUCACGAGACAAGAAAUAUCGCGAGGACAAGUAUGGCUCCUCGCCUGAGAACGUCACCAAGAGAAUGUCCGCGUUGGCCGUCGGCGGAGCUACUCUGGGAGCUGCCACAUUGGGGGUGGCAGGGCAUAAUUCUCACAACGGCGGAAGACCGCCUGCUUCGCCAUUGCUAGAGGCGUAUACGGGCACCUAUCAGUCCGUGUCACCCAUGCCGUCGCCAUUGGCUUUGGCCAAGCACAAGAACGAUUCCGAUCUGUCUGAUCUAGAAUUGGACCUGGAUGAUGAUGAUGACUCCCGCGCGGACAUUAGGCGCAACAUCCGGCAGCUGGAGAAGGAAAAGGAGAUGCUCAGUAAAGACCAGAAAAGGAGCAGUGCGCAGGAAGUACGGCCGCGCGGGCUCUCUAGCCUCGAGACGACGACGAGUUUUGAAAUCCGCGAGCCAGGCGGUAAGCGAGAGCGCGCCAGCUCCAACGUGAGCGUCUUGUCUACCGCAGGCGGUGGCAACGGCGGCAACGGCAGCGGGAGGAAGAAGACCGUGUCAUUCUACGACCCGACCGACGACGCAAUGCGCAUCGCUGCGGCACUGUCCGGCACGCGCAACGCCCCCGAUCCCCGACCAUUGAUCCAAAUCCUCCCGUACCUGUCGUCCGACGACCUCUUGGCCCUGCGGGCCGAGUACAAGAACUACGCCAAAGUCGGCGGGCAAGGGAUCAACAUCGCGAAGCAUAUCAAGAUGCGAGUGCCGGGGAAUCUGGGCAAAGCAGCGUAUGCGACGGCGCUGGGCCGGUGGGAGAGCGAAGCGUACUGGGCCAACUCGUGGUACCAAGGCGGGGCGUCGCGGCGGGAGCUGCUGAUCGAGAGCCUGAUGGGGCGGACGAACAGUGACAUCCGCGAGAUCAAGAACUGCUUCAAGGACAAGAAGUACAGCGACGACCUGGAGAAGUGCAUGCGCACCGAGCUAAAGGCGGACAAGUUCCGGGGCGCCAUUCUGCUGGCGCUCGAGGAGCGGCGCAUGCCCGAGUCGACGCCGCUCGACAUCCGGCUGAUCCGCGACGACGUGCAGCAGCUGGCGCGCGCGCUCGACUCGUCCGGCGGCGAGAGCGACAUGAUCAAGAUCAUCGUGGUGCGCAGCGACGCGCACCUGCGCGAAGUCUUGCGCAUGUUCGAGCGCACGUACCGCGUCAACUUUGCCCGGCAGAUGAUCUCCAAGUCGCGCAACCUGGUGGGCGAGACGCUCGCCCACGUGCUCAACGGCGCCCUCAACCGGCCCAUGCGCGACGCCAUUCUGCUGCACCAGGCCAUCAGCGAGACCGCGCCCGGUAAGGAGCGCACCGAGCUCCUGAUCUCGCGGCUGGUUCGGCUGCACUGGGAGCCGAAGCACCUGGAGAAAGUCAAGGCCGUCUUCAUCGAUCGCUACAACCGUCCCGUCGAGGAGGCCAUCUCGCGCGAUGUCUGGGCCCACAUGAAGACCCCCGAGGGCCGCCUCUGCGCCGAGUUUUGCGUCGCCUUGGUCCAGAGCAGUGUGCCUGAUCGGGCCAGGUCAUGA